AUGGCGCCCAUACCGGACCUCGGCCCGGGAGACUACAUCCUCUGGCACCCCGACCUCGCCUACGCUAUCGACAACCAUCCCCCAGCACGGAUCUGGGAGGCUAUUUUCCUCCCCUCCUCCCCCAUCUCCCCCGCGCCUCCCCGAUCUGGCAACCCCUUCCUCCUCGGUCACCCUAGCCCAGACUUUGGCGGUGGCCGCGGCGAGCGCGCCCACCUGGGUAGGCCGGGUGUGCAAGAUGUCAACGAUGCCGGCGGCGAGGAUGGGCUGAUGGCCAUGGGCCUGCUGCCGUGGAACGAGAAGCUCGUCUCCGACCCUGUGGAGAAGGAGGUGUGCAGAAUGGCCAAUGGCAUCUUAUUUCCCGAUCGGUACGGGCUUUAA